AUGGAAGGGAUAGACUAGUAAUAUAGAUUUUUCCAUCAUUAAUCUACUUUUGAUAUGAAUAGUCUUUUGUACAGAUAUAUGGAGAAUAAACUUUUGAAUGAGUAUCUGAUUUUGUUAGAAAUGAAGGAUGGAAUUAAAUUUUUGGAAAAAAGUUCCAAAAAAAAUUAAUUAUUAGAAGAGAUAAAUAAGAAAGUUACCUAGUUCUAUUGCUGUAAUUAUAAUUUGUAAUUUUAUUAGAUUCAUAUAUAUUCAAUAAUUUUUAGUAUAAUUGUUGUCAUUUGUUAUUUUCCUAAAAAAAUUCGAAGAAUUGACAUUGCUUAAUAAAAUAUUUGA